AGAUUCUCAUUAUUUCUUAUUCCCCAACGCAAGCGAGGAAAGUAGUAGUAGAAAAAAAGAAAUCAAGGAGUAAGAACUUAGAAGAAAAUGGCAGCGACGACAGGAGCAGCAGCAGUGAUGAAUUCAACAACAGUUGUAGAAUGGCAUCAAAGACCUCCCAACCCGAAAAACCCAAUUGUUUUCUUUGAUAUCACUAUCGGUUCCAUUCCUGCUGGCCGCAUUAAGAUGGAGCUCUUUGCUGAUAUUGCCCCCAAAACUGCCGAUAAUUUCAGGCAGUUCUGUACAGGGGAAUUCAGGAAAAAUGGAUUGCCCGUUGGUUACAAGGGAUGUCAGUUUCACAGAGUGAUCAAAGAUUUUAUGAUUCAAGCUGGUGAUUUUCUGAAGGGUGACGGCAGUGGAUGUGUUUCGGUUUAUGGGACAAAGUUUGAGGAUGAAAAUUUUAUUGCAAAACACACUGGUCCUGGUUUGUUAUCAAUGGCAAAUAGUGGACCAAAUACUAAUGGGUGCCAGUUCUUUAUUACCUGUGCAAAAUGUGAUUGGCUUGACAAUAAGCAUGUUGUUUUUGGGAGAGUGCUAGGAGAUGGUCUUUUGGUUGUCAGGAAAAUUGAGAACGUUGCAGUUGGACCAAACAAUCACCCGAAACUUCCGUGUGCUAUCGCUGAAUGUGGGGAAAUGUAGAAUAUAAUUGUUUUGUUCUAUGUUACUCAGACACGUAUUGAGUGUCUACUCAGAUACGGGUGUCCAAAUGUCCAACUCGGCUAUUUUGUAGAAAAAAGUCAAGGAUUUUAGUUUAAAAUGAAGUAUCCAAGUAAAGUAUCGUGCCGGACAUGACAUGACACGACACCCCAUUUUUAAGGUAAAUGAAGGUGUCGGAGUAACACUGGUUUUGUUGCC